AGCACAGCAGCAGCGGCACCGCGGUCGUCGUCGUCUUCUUCUCCACCCCACCCCCAACCCCACCCCCACCCCACGCCUUCGCUUUACUUCCCCGACUCCCCUUUCUCCUCCUCCUCUUCUGCUGUUGCUGCUGCGGCUGCUGCGCCCGGUGGAGUGGAGGAUCAGGCCGGCGGGAGUGAGGGAGGGAGAUUGGGUUUCUUGAGAUGUUGAUGGUAUCAACAUACUGAACAUGUCUGUGAUAAGGACGGCAGAAUCAACUCCCUGUUAAGUAUCAUUCCACAAGAUUUCACCAGUAUGUCAGCUAGGGCUUCAAACCAUGCAUAUAUAUGUUCUGAUGAUUCUCAAAUGCCAUACUAUAAUAACUCAGUGUCUUCAGGGGAAAAUGGUAGGUUCUAUGUAACACAAAAUCAUCAGGAUGUUCACUAUGCUUCUUCUGAUGAUGGAUCACAGAGGAUUGGCUCAAGCCCUCAGACAUUUGAACCACAGUACUGCACACUUGAAUCAUCCUCAGCAAAUGGUGCCCAUCCUGCCCAUAGCUCUGCAUCUUCUCACAGCAUCUCUCCUAUAAGCGGGAGCCCCCUGUCUCAUCAUGAUAGCCACUCAGACCACACAUACAGUUCACCCCCAAGUGCCUCCUGUCUCACAGAGAUUACAGAUCUCCAGAUUAAAUUGAAGGAGCUGGAGAAUGCAAUUCUUGGGCCUGAGUUAGACAUAGCUUAUGACAGCCCCGAGAGCUCUUUGCAACCAAACACAAUGGCAACACCAGAAAACUGGAGACAGCUUCUGGGAAUUAAUACAGGAGAUUUGAAGCAAGUAAUCAUUGCAUGCGGUAAGGCUGUUGCCGAGAAUGAUGCCAGGCUAACAGAACUACUGAUAUCUGAGUUAGGUCAGAUGGUGUCUGUCUCUGGUGAUCCAUUGCAAAGACUAGGGGCUUAUAUGUUGGAAGGGCUUGUUGCCAGACUUUCUUCCUCUGGUAGUAUGCUAUAUAAAUCCUUGAAGUGUAAAGAGCCCACAAGCUCUGAGCUCAUGUCAUACAUGCAUCUUCUUUACGAGAUAUGCCCAUUCUACAAAUUUGGUUACAUGUCAGCUAAUGGUGCCAUCGCUGAAGCUAUUAAGGGAGAGAACUUUGUUCACAUAAUUGAUUUCCAAAUUGCACAGGGGAGCCAAUGGAUCACGUUAAUCCAGGCCCUUGCAGCAAGACCUGGGGGACCACCAUAUCUACGAAUCACUGGUAUAGAUGAUUCAAAUUCUGCUUAUGCCCGAGGUGGUGGACUGGAUAUAGUUGGUAUGAGAUUGUAUAAAGUUGCUCAAUCAUGUGGUCUGCCCUUUGAGUUCAGUGCUGUUCCAGCUGCUAGCCAUGAGGUUCAUCUCGAGCAUAUUGAUAUAAGGGUCGGUGAAGUCAUUGUUGUAAAUUUUGCGUAUCAGCUGCAUCAUACUCCAGAUGAAAGUGUAAGCACGGAAAAUCAUCGGGAUAGGAUUAUAAGAAUGAUCAAGAGCCUCUCCCCUAGGGUGGUGACUCUUGUUGAGCAGGAGUUAAAUACAAACACACGGCCGUUCUUUCCAAGAUACUUAGAGACCCUUGACUACUACACGGCCAUGUUCGAGUCCAUAGAUGUUGCUCUACCAAGGGAUGAUAAGAGGCGGAUGAACGCAGAGCAACAGUGUGUUGCAAGGGACAUUGUCAAUUUAAUCGCGUGCGAGGGUGCUGAGAGGGUAGAGAGGCAUGAGAUGUUUGGAAAAUGGAAGGCAAGAUUUACAAUGGCAGGGUUUCGGCCAUACCCGCUGAGCUCAGUGGUGAACAAUACCAUCAAAACACUGCUGCACACUUACAAUAGCUUCUACAGGCUUGAGGAGCGAGAUGGUGUCCUUUACCUUGGGUGGAAAAAUAGGGUAUUGGUUGUGUCUUCUGCAUGGUGUUGACAUGUCUUUGAAAGAAGCUCAGAUCACUUUGCAGGUAUAUGUACCAUCGCGUCUCUAUCUCCAGCUAGCAGAUGUAACGCAUGCUUGGGUUUGCAGCGGUGUAGAAUGAUGCAAAAUAUAACCUUUGAUAUCUAGUCCUCAACUCGAUCUCCUCGUGCUCCCCAUCCAUCUAAUUCAAUGAGAUACUUGCCAUAAGCUGGUGCGACGUUGUAGCAUAGAAGUUGUAACCGUGUUCUAUCCAUGCUGAAUGUUGGUAGGAAUCUGGUAUAUUAAUCUUGCUCUUAGGUUUGACAUGGUGUAAUGUAAAGUUAUCAAGCUAGACAGGCCCAAGAGCUGGCUGCUAGUUCUCUCUCUGUUGUGUACCCUGUGUUGUUACUUGUAAAUUUCGGUGAUGCUAUUAUCUGUAUUUUGUUACCCUGUGUUGUAUCAUGCAGUUAGAACAGAUAUCCCUCCUUAUAAGAUCUCAUUUAGUUUGCGAAAACUUUUUUUUUAUGUCAUGUUAGAU